UGUGAGAGUCUGCACGUAGCAAGUCUUGGGUUGUUCAUGUCCAGCCCUUGAGGACAGGAGAUGUCCAACAGUGCAUCGGGACAUCUCAUCAGAAAGGACCUUCUUUCGCUCCUGACUGCACCACCGAACACCGGGACACUUGUCUGCUGCCAUGAUGCUCUUUUUUAGGAAGGUGCUGCUAUGUUGGUGUCUCCUGUUGCUGAGCUGUCGGCCAACGCUCUCAGCCCACGACUUCUUCACCUCCAUAGGUCAGAUGACAGACCUGUUGUUCACCGAGAAAGAUCUUGUCACGUCCCUCAAGGACUACAUCAAAGCUGAGGAGAGCAAGCUGGAGCGGGUCAAAAAGUGGGCUGACAAGUUGGAAGCUCUGACGGCCGUUGCGAUACAAGACCCAGAGGGCUUCCUGGGCCAUCCGGUCAAUGCCUUCAAGCUGAUGAAGAGGCUGAACACUGAAUGGAGCGACCUGGAAAGCCUCGUACUCAGUGACACCACAGAUGGUUUUAUUUCCAACCUGACCAUCCAGAGGCAGUACUUCCCCACGGACGACGACCAGACUGGGGCAGCCAAAGCUCUCCUCCGUUUGCAGGACACAUACAAAUUGGAUGCCAAUAGCAUCGCUACAGGAAACCUGCCUGGAGCGAAGCACAAGACUCUUAUGACCGCGGAGGAUUGUUACGAGCUUGGAAAGAUCGCCUACACAGACGUUGACUACUACCACACAGAGCUGUGGAUGGCACAGGCCCUGAAACAGCUUGACGAAGAGGAGGAGUCCAUUGUGGAUAAAGUGACUGUGCUGGACUACCUCAGCUAUGCCAUCUACCAGCAGGGGGAGCUGGAGCGUGCCCUGGAGUACACCAAAAGGCUACUUGAACUGGACCCAGAGCAUCAGCGGGCCAAAGGCAACGUGAAAUACUUUGAGUUCCAGCUGGAGAAGCAGAGAAACGAAGUGAAAGACCACACUAGCAAACAGAAAGAGCCUGAUAAGAAAGAGGCACCAGAAAAGAAGCCAAAGGAGAAGAAAGAGAAGAAAGCCUUCAGUCUGAUCCCUGAGAGGAAGAAGUAUGAAAUGCUGUGUCGCGGAGAGGGCAUCAAAAUGACUCCCCGUAGGGAAAGCCGGCUGUUCUGCCGUUACUAUGACAACAACCGCAACCCCUUCUAUGUGCUGGGACCGGUCAAGCAGCAAGAUGAGUGGGACCGGCCGUACAUCGUCCGCUUCCUCGACAUCAUCUCUGAGAAAGAAAUUGAGAAGGUCAAACAGUUGGCAAAGCCAAGGUUAAAGCGAGCCACGGUGCAUGACCCCCAAACUGGGAAGCUUACCACUGCCCAAUACAGAGUCUCUAAGAGCGCAUGGCUCACAGGCUACGAAGAUCCCGUCAUCGAAACCAUCAACCAGCGGAUUGAGGAUCUCACGGGCUUGGAAAUGGACACAGCAGAAGAACUGCAGGUUGCAAACUAUGGCGUUGGCGGUCAGUACGAGCCUCACUUUGACUUUGGAAGGAAAGACGAGCCGGAUGCCUUUAAAGAGCUGGGAACUGGCAACCGCAUCGCAACGUGGCUCUUCUACAUGAGUGACGUGUCAGCAGGGGGCGCCACAGUAUUCCCAGAUGUCGGAGCAUCAGUUAGACCUCUAAAGGGUACUGCUGUGUUCUGGUACAAUCUCUUUCCCAGUGGGGAGGGAGACUACAGCACGCGGCAUGCAGCUUGCCCUGUCUUGGUGGGCAAUAAGUGGGUAUCAAACAAAUGGAUUCAUGAACGAGGCCAGGAGUGGCGGCGACCAUGCGGUCUAAAUGAGACUGACUCAUAAAAAGCAAGAAACCACGCCACCACCCUUCUCCCCUUCCUUACUUCCUUCCUUGCGCGUGGGCCCAAAGAGAACCCCACGGUGGAUCACAGAUGACACAUAAUUGAUGCUUGGGCCCCAAAUUGCUCACUUUCCUUCCUCCCCCCCAUGCUCAAACACUCCCUUUUUUCACCCAGCUGUUGUGCUCCAAGCCCGGAGAUUGUUUGGGUUCAUGUGGAGACCCCCGGACUGUGUUGGUGUCGCUGCAGAUAGCAGUGUUCUUGGAGUUGGUCAGAUGGCUUUGAGAAACACUUGUGCCUCUUUCACUCUCGUGUGUUUAUCAAUGCACUCAGUUUGGCCUCUGGUUCUGUGGUUAUGCUAUAAGCACUCUCCCCACCACCACCCCCAGCCUCUUGCUCGGCAUUCUUAAGACGCCUAGCUCAUUCACUCCUACACACCUUCAACGUUUACACUUUACACACUCAGUUCCACUAACUCACUGCACAUUAUGAGCAUGAGCUUUAUUGCAGCAUGCCUGCAGAAAUGUUUUAGUGCGUUUUAAAGCACGGGUCCCCAACCUUUUUGAACCUACGGGCCGAGUCAGUUCUGUCAAAUGAAAAAAAUAGAGGUGCGCUCCAAACCUCAUAGUAAUCUAAUGCUAUGGUCGUGUUUUGGUAGUGGUCAGCGCAGGAGAACUCUUAGUCUAACACAAGUAUUUGGACAGGUAUCAUCAUCAAUGCCACUGUGGUAAGUUGCAGAUAGUUCCUUUGAACUUUCAUCCAAAAUGACCGAACAUCACACUUGGCACAUUUGAAUGCCUGGAAGUGACAAACCCAUAUUUUCAAGUAGCUGCUGUCAUAGUCUGUUGGAUCUUGCUUUCUUGUCUCCCCAUUAUCUUCAGUGACAAGUCUUGUUUAGAUCUCUUCAUCUUUGAAAUAAAUGGAUUGUAUAUUAAUUUAAAAUAAUCCACAAUAUUAUGUCCAUUUCCUUGGACAUUCAUUUGUAGUUAUUUACAAAAAGAGUUCCUCCCAUAUGCCAAGAAGCAUGCAUGUUAGGCUAAUUGGGGACUAAAUUGUCCAUAGGUGUGAAUGACCUUGCAUUUCGUCAAGUGAGUUGGGAUAGGCUCCAUGUCCCGUGUGAACUGAUUGACGACAUAGAAAAUGGAUGGACGGAAAAUUAAAGGUGUGCGUCUCUUUUUUAAAUUUUUAUUAUUGCUACCCAGUUCGCCCCUUCCGACGGACCGAUGGUGGUUGGGGACCCCUGUCUUUUAGCUUGGACACUCGUCUGCACGCACUAAUGCACAUACAGAAACACAACAUGGAAUCAGGUGUUUUAUGUCAAAUUCCGAGAUGCUUCUUGUAAGGUUUUCAAGUGGCCUUGGUGGUUGGUGCUUUUUUAAAUACCAAAUGACACAAUUUUAUUUAUAUGACCCGAAUCUGUUUUUAUGUUAUUGUUGUGUUUAUAAUGGCAGUCCUCAGUUGUUGUUGUUGUUGUUGUUUAAAAAAAAAAAACAUUAA